AUCUUCGCUCUUCCCCGGAAGGGCCACUGCUGCUCCUGAUGGAGAACAGGUCCUUCAACAUCAGCUUUGAGCUCAGCCUAGACCCAUUCUUCAUACCCCCGGGAGGGAAGUACCCCAUCUUCUUUUUCGGAGUCGCGAUCUACUUGUUCUGCGUCUUCUGCAACCUGACCCUGCUGCUGCUGAUCAUAACGCAGAGGACCCUCCACAAGCCCAUGUACUUCAUCCUCUUCAGCCUGCCCCUGAACGACCUGGUGGGGAUCACCGCCAUGCUGCCCAAGGUGCUGUCGGACAUCGUCACGGAGACGAGCAAGGUCCACUACCCCCUGUGCGUCCUGCAGGGCUUCCUGCUCCACAUGUACGGCGGCGGCGUUCUCUUCAUACUGGCCGCCAUGGCGUUCGAUCGCUACGUCGCCAUCUGCAAGCCCCUGCGGUACACCGCCAUCAUGACGCCCAGGCUCGUCGUGGCGAUCAUCUCGCUGGUCUGGGGCCUCGAUUCCGUCCUGAUAGUUUCGCUGUUCUCCCUCCAGACGAGGCUCCCCAGGUGCCGAAGCUCCGUGUUGAACGUCUUUUGCGACAACCCGUCCCUGCUGAAGCUAACCUGCGGCAACACCGUGCUGAACAACAUUUUCGGCCUGUUCAACACCGCCAUCAUGCAGAUUAUAAGCGUGUCCGUUCAGGUGUUUUCCUACGUUAAGAUUCUCAUCGCGUGCUUGGUCACGAGGAAGUCGGACACCAAAAAUAAAGCCAUUAACACUUGCGUUGCCCAGCUGGUCAUAUUCGUGAUAUUUGAAAUCGUGGGAACCUUCACCAUUCUGUCACACAGGUUCAAGAAUGUCUCCGUUGAUCUGCAAAAAAUUAUGGGAAUGUUGAUAUUUCUGGUUCCUCCACUUCUGAAUCCAAUCGUGUAUGGAUUGAACACAAAUGAAAUUCGAAAUACCCUCUUAAAGGUUUUUCAGACAAGGGUUGUUAGUGUAUAA